AUGAUGGGAAGGAACCAAACUAUCAUCUCAGAGUUCCUCCUCCUGGGCCUGCCCAUCCAGCCAGAACAUCAACACCUGUUCUAUGCCCUGUUCCUGACAAUGUACCUCGUCACUGUUCUGGGAAAUGGCCUCAUCACUGUCCUCAUCCGACUGGACUCUCAUCUCCACACACCCAUGUAUUGGUUCCUCACCAAUCUGUCUUUCUCUGACCUCUGCUUCUCCUCUGUCACAAUGCCCGAACUGUUGAAGAAUAUGCAGAGCCAAGUCCCAGCCAUACCUUAUGCAGGCUGCCUGACACAGAUGUAUUUCUUUCUGUUUUUUGCAGACCUGGAAAGUUUUCUCCUUGUGGCUAUGGCCUAUGACCGCUAUGUGGCCAUCUGUUUCCCCCUUCACUACACCAGCAUCAUGAGCCCCAAGCUGUGUGUGGGUCUGGUGGUGCUGUCCUGGGUGCUGACCAUGUCCCAUGCCAUGGUACACACUCUUCUUGUGACCAGAUUGGCUUUCUGUGAGAACAAUGUGAUCCCCCACUUCUUCUGUGAUUUGUCAGCUCUUGUGAAGCUGGCCUGCUCUGACACUCAUGUCAAUGAGCUGGUGAUAUUUAUCAUGGGUGGGCUUGUUGUUGUCAUCCCGUUCCUACUUAUUACAGUGUCCUAUGCACGGAUCAUUUCCUCCAUCCUCAAGGUCCCUUCCUCUCGUGGCAUUCACAAGGUGCUCUCUACCUGUGGUUCCCAUCUGUCUGUGGUAUCACUGUUCUAUGGGACAAUUAUUGGCCUUUACUUAUGUCCAUCAGCUGAUAACUCUACCUUGAAGGAGACUGUCAUGGCAAUGAUGUACACGGUGGUGACCCCCAUGCUGAACCCCUUCAUCUACAGCCUCAGGAACAGAGAUAUGAAAGGAGCCCUGGGAAGAAUUCUUAGUAGGAAGAUCCCCAGGAAGAAUUCUUUGUAG